UUGGAUUUUUUUUUUUUUUUUAGAUGCUCCUGUCAUUCUUAUUUUCUUGUACAUCUGAUAUUCUCUUUAUUCCUCUUUGUUUAUAAUAUGCGAUCUGAUUUGACAAAUUCGAGGAAAUAGUUCGCCCCACUGUCAUUAUCUAACAAUUAAUUCCAAAAAGCAAAGAAGAAUUGAAAACUUAAAACCAGGACGGAAAUGGACAGGCGCGCCUCGAUUCCCCCGGGUCUUCCACGCUCAAACCCUACCACGGCAUACUGGCAAGACCCACCAGAUGAGCAUAUCUCUAACGUACGCUCUACACCAGAAAUUCCGCAGACUGCGGAUGUAAUAAUUAUCGGCUCAGGAAUUACUGGCGCAUGCGUGGCAUACAACAUUCUCCAGAAAAGCCCAAAUAUGAGGGUCGUCAUGCUUGAAGCGAGGGAAGCAGUUAGCGGUGCAACAGGGCGAAAUGGAGGACAUACCAAGACCGCAAGCUAUCGCAGCUUUCUAGGAAAUUGCCAUGCUCUCGGUGUCCAAGAAGCCAUCAAGAUUGCACGUCUCGAGUAUAAUAAUAUGAAAGCAGUCCAUGCAUUUGCUCGACAAAACAACAUUAACUGUGACCUGCAAUCCGUGGACACAGUAGACGUCAUCCUAAAUGAGCAGGAAUGGCAAAAUGGCAUUGCCGCAGUUGAAGCCAUGCGCAAGGUUAUGAACCCUGGCGAAGGAGCCGCAAACUAUAGACUGCACGACGCAGAGGCGGCUCAGAAACAAUUCCUUAUACCCGAUGCAGUAGGCGCAAUUACCUACGAAGCUGGAAGUCUGAGCGCCUACAAACUCGUGGCAGGGAUAUUGAAGCUCUGUCUGCAGAAAGGUCUCAACUUGCAGACAAACACUCCUGUAACUGCGAUUGAACCUUUCAGUGGUAUGCUAAAUGGCAACACAGCAAGGUCGAAUGGGAUUGACGGUGCCAAACACGAUUAUAAUACAAAGAAAUGGACAGCUACAACUGCUCGUGGCAAGAUAUCCGCACCCAAGCUCGUCUUAGCUACCAACGGUUAUUCCGCACACUUAUAUCCGGCUCUACAGGGAAUCAUUGUACCACUCAAAGGCCAAGUGACUGCACAGCGGCCAGGGAGCAAACUCCCUCCCGGGGCUCUCCCAACCACUUAUUCAUUCAUCUACCAAGACGGAUUCGAAUACAUGAUUCCGCGCCCUCUUGGAUCCAAGUUUGCUGGGGAUACAGUGAUCGGCGGCGGUCUGACCAAAGCCCCAGAACAGGGAUUGUAUCAAUGGGGCAAUGCAGAUGAUACAACUCUUGACCCAGAUAUUUCAGAGUACUUGCAAGAUUGCCUGGUCAAUUUCUUCGGCAGGAACAAUUGGGGCGAAGAUAAUCCAGAAGGACGUGUUCGUAAGGAGUGGACGGGCAUUAUGGGAUAUAGUGCAGAUGGACAUCCGCUGGUAGGGAAAGUUCCUGGCGAAGAAGGAUUGUAUUUGUCGGCGAGCUUUCAAGGGCAUGGUAUGGUGUUGUGUUUCAUGUGUGCCAGAGCACUGACCGAAAUGAUCCUCAAUAAUGAUGGAGAGCGAGAGAUUCUCGACUCUUGGUUCCCCGAAGCUUUCCGCAUAACGAAAGACCGACUGGAGAAGGAAUUUGAAGGAUUUGUUUGAGCAUAAUGGCAUACAUUCGGCCGAGGUAGACCUCGGCCGUUGAGCGGAAGCAUAUUCAUUGUAGUUUCAGCAUGAACAAGCAAAGCAGGAGGCAUUGGUUGGCAUCAAUAUGCUAGAGGAGCGACC